GAAAUUUUAUCCAAGUCUAAUUGCACUUGACUACAUUAGAUCUAUACGGGUUUAAACAUUGUCAAACCCGAUAGCACAAAGGACAAAAUGGCGGCGAAAGGCAUUUGUUUAAUGGGAGAUAGGUGUUUUUAAUGAAAUAAAGGAAACGUACGUUAAUAGACUAAGAACAAGUUAUGGAAGUUUCUGGUAAACGAAAACCAAAAAAGACUCUUUCUCUUUCACGAGGUUCAGCUGAGGACUUUUUAUUGUUCUGUAUCCCGUGUGAUAGAGAUGGUGCCCGGGUACCAGCAAAAGGUUAUUGUUCAACCUGCAAAGAACAUCUUUGUGACACUUGUUACAAGCACCACAAGAAACAAACUCCAUCACGUCAUCAUAUUCUACUAGAUCAAGAUUCUAUGCCAACUACAUCAAGCGUUCCAAUCGUAAAAGACGAAUUUGAUAGUUGUGAUGAUCAUGAAGACGAAAAACUGAAAUUUUUCUGCAGGGAUCACGACACCGUUGUUUGCAGUGUUUGUACAACCUUAGAUCAUAGGACCUGCAAUGUGGAAUACAUUCCAAAACUCUCUAAAUAUAUUAUAGACAGUGAAGAACUUAAUGAAACAAUGACAGAAAUGAAAGCACUGGAGAAUAAUUAUAAAUCACAGAUAAAGAGAGUAAAUGACGAGAUAAAAGCUAUUUCUCAAAACCACGAUGACGUAAUAAAGGCGAUUCGUCAAUUCAGAAAAGAAAUAAAUACACGUCUAGACAAAAUGGAAAAACGUGUUGUCAAAGAAGCAGACCACAUACUUCUUAAACAACAAACGAAUCUGAAUGAUUUAUCAAAGGAGGUACAAACAAUCACAAACGAACUGGUUGAGAAACAAGUACGACUACAUAAAUUGAUACAAAAACAUCGCCGUGAUAAAUUGUUUGUUGAAAUGAUAGACGCAAAGAAACGACUCGAAGAAAUGAGGGUGAGGCAAAAACAACAUAGUCUAACAGAUGAUUUUCAAACUGUAUCAUUUGUCAAAAACAUGUACAUUGUCGAUGUGAUAGAUAGGCACCAGAAGCUUGGAGAACUUAUAGCAAUGAAUACAUCCAUGGUUACACAAUAUACGGAUAAGACGCUAAAACUUGAAGUUGUUGAAGAUAUUAAUAGUUCCUCACUUGGUGAAAAGAUAAGUGACAUAACUGGGAUGGACGUUCUGCAGUCAGAUAAAAUGGUUGUCUGUGAGUUUUCAAAAAGGAAAGUAAAAUGCUUUGAUACAGUACAAAAGAGAAUUAUCUCAGAGAUACAGCUAAGUAAAUCACCGUUUGAUUUGGCAGCUAUUACCAAUGACAAAUUCGUCGUCACUGUACCUGAUGAAAGAAGUAUUCAUUUCAUGUCGUUAACAAAUAGACAGAUAACAUCUGAUCUCCAGGUAAAUAUCAAUGAGAGGUGUCAUGGCAUUGCUUGCAGCAGAGAUAAAAUUGUUGUUUCAUGUAUUGCAGUUCCAGGAAAAGUUUUAGUUCUUGAUCUGCAUGGUAAAAUAUUGCAAAGUCUAAGUGGAGAUAAUAGUCUGUUUAGCUUACCUUAUUAUAUCGUUGUUAAUUCUGCUGGGACGUCUAUAUAUGUGAGUGACCGUGGUAAUCCUGUGAUGGCUGUUAAACAAUUUGAUUGGCAGGGGAACGAUACGAAUACCUAUCAACCAACACAGGACGGAGAAAAUAUUAGAGAUAUUUGUGAAUUAGAUGAUGGCACAUUUCUUGUGUGUAUGAAUCAAGAUAGUGGCGACAAUUUGCGGAGAGUAUCAGACAACUGUAAGCCGUGUAAAAUAACGAUAAAUGAGAAACUUGGCAAUUGGUACCCAAAGGCAGUGGCGUACUGUAGGAAGACUAGAAAGCUGUAUGUGUCCUAUCAUGAAAAGAUGACACCUUUGUCUACUAGACCAAAAUAUCGGAUAAAGGUGUUUUCGGUUGACUGGUGUUAAUCAACUUAGGAAUGUGAUUAGAACUUGUAGUUGUGUAAAAAUAGAGCAUAUAUUGGCUCAUGUUCAUGUUAAUGCAAUUCAGUACAAAACAAAAUAUUAUAUAUUAUCAAAUAUACAAUACAAAACUGAUUCAAUGCAAAUCAAUACAAAGUACAAUACAACACAAUGGAAUAUAUUUUUUUAAUCAUCAAUUUAUUUAAAACAAAUUUUACAACCUAUAUGCAUACAACAGUGUAAAAGUAUUAUAUUUAUAUAAGUUGUACAAAAAUGUAGUUAAACGUAAAUUUAUCACGACGAUUCACCACAAUCAAAUAUUUAAAAAGAACGUUCUUUAAAAGCUGAUAUGUUAUCAAGUCCUGUAAAGCAAAACAAACAUUUGAGAUCAAAUAUACUUGUACGUACUUAACAUUAGGAUAAAUGGAAAAUUUGAACAUCAUACUUUGUCAAAUUGUACAUUUUUUUGCAAGCAAUAUAUAAAAUGUCCAUUCAGUUGAACGAUACCGAAACUUUGAUUUGUAUUGAUUUCCAUAUGAUGUUAUAAUACAUUUUUAAUAUAUUGUAUGUAAAUUAUGUGAUUUUCCUAAUUAAACGUGUGAGAGGAGUGAUAAAAAAGUUCUUGGCCCGAUGUGCUUCUGGUAGUCAGAGAACCCAACUAACUUACUUUUCAAUUUAAUUACCCUCUACAUCAAUCCUUUUUGCCCACCUGUGGUCCAACUUGUUUAACCCUUCCGAAUAGAUUUCCUUAUUUUGGUCGUCAAAGAACUCAUUGACCGCCUGCAUGACAUCUUCAUUGCUUCCAAAACGUCUACCACGAAGCUUGGUUUUUAUUUUCGGAAACAGGUAGAAGUCAGAAGGGGCCAAGUCCAGAGAAUAUGGAGGAUAUGGCAGAAUUUCAAUGUCGCAGUUAGUAGCAGCAGCAAUCGCAACUUUGGAUGUGUGAGCAGGCGAAUUGUCGUGCAGGAGAAGAAUGCCUUGAGUCAGUUUCAUCUGUUUAUGGUACGACCUUCCUCAAGAUAGUCAAUCAUGAUUAUCCCCUGACUAUCCCAAAAAAUUGAAGCCAUCAUCUUUCCUGCUGAUGGCACGCUCUUGAAUUUCUCCGCAGGGGGUGAGUUAGGGUGUUUCCAUUGCAUGCUCUGUUUCUUGGAUUCUGGAUCGAAGUGAUGGAUCCAUGUAUCAUCCUGAGUUACGAUCCGGUAGAUAAAAUCAGGUUAAUCCUUGUAACGAGAAAAAGAUAUCUUAAAAUGUCAAGCCUGUCCGUUUCUGGUCGUCAGUCAACUGUCUGAGGACCCAUCUAGCGGAAAUUUUGACAUGCCAAAGACAUCAGUCAGAACUGCCUGAACUGAACAAAAGCUUAUACCCACUUCCAAAGUAAUGCUUCACAGGUCUCGCCUUUUGUCGCACAUGACUAGAUCGUGCACGGCUUCGGCAUUUCAUUGUUGGCGGCCUCUUUUGGCCGCCAAGACCACUCAUCAUCUCCAAUGCUCUCACUGCCCACUUAAAUUCAGCAGCCAUUUAUUCACACUGCUAUAGGAAGAGGGCUCCUUCCAAAGUGUAUCCAUGAAGUCUUCAUGGAUUUCCUUGAGAAACAUCCCUUUCUUACAUAGGUACUUAAUGGUGGCUCUGAUUUCAAUUUUCUCCAUUUAGUCUAAAUGGCACACCCCUCUACUGAUCAAAAUGUGUUUUAUGUUACUUGAUCUGUGUAAAAGCGUGUAACUCGGUCAGUAAUCUUCAAUCAGAUAUCAGUAUCGACGUACCGUGUGUAAAUUUCAGUGUAGUGGCUAGAAGUGUAUCGGGCCGAGAACUUUUUGCUCAUAUUUUUUAUGUGCUGUCAAUGCUUAUAUUCAAAUCUAAGUAAUUCUGAUAUAUAUUGAAGUGUAUACAAUAUGAAAUUAACCAAGCAAAAGUUA